AGACAGUUACCCUCAGUUGAUCACAGAUUCAUCUACCAGACCCGUCCCAGCUCCUCAGAGUUGGAACAUGAGUGCCUUCGUGACUCUGUCGACAGGGCAGAAGAUGCCUAUGGUUGGACUCGGCACAUGGAAGAGUGCACCAGGACAGGUGAAGCAAGCGGUGCUGGCAGCUUUAGACUCUGGGUACAGACACAUCGACUGUGCAGCUGCAUACGGCAAUGAACAGGAGGUGGGAGAGGCUCUCGCUCUCAGGGUCGGCCUUGGCAAGGCUCUGCGUCGUGAGGAACUGUUUUUAACAUCCAAACUGUGGAACACCAAGCAUGACCCCAAGGAUGUUGAGGAAGCAUGCAGGAUGAGUCUGGCCCACCUGGGUGUCUCCUAUUUGGACCUGUACCUUAUGCACUGGCCCAUGGCAUUUCAGCCGGGGAAGGAGCUGAUGCCUCGACGGGAAGAUGGGACUGUGUGUUACUCUGACACACACUACCGGGAUACUUGGGUGGCCAUGGAGAGCCUAGUGGACAAAGGUCUGGUCAAGGCUAUAGGGCUGUCCAACUUUAACGCCAGGCAGACUGAUGACAUCAUCAAGAUGGCCAGACACAAACCUGCAGUGAACCAGGUGGAAUGUCAUCCAUAUUUGUCUCAAGCAAAUCUGCUGGCUCACUGUCGGUCAGUGGCAGUGUGUGUGACAGCUUACAGUCCUCUGGGCAGCGGGGACAGACCUUGGGCUUCUCCUGAUGAGCCUAGUCUCCUGGAGGAUCCACGACUGGGAGCCAUCGCCCAGAGAUACCAGAGAACACCUGCCCAAGUCGUACUGAGGUGGCACGUUCAGAGGGGCGUAGUGUGUAUCCCUAAAAGCGUGACACCCUCCAGGAUCCAGCAGAACUUGCAGGUGUUUGACUUUUCCCUGUCAGAGGACGACAUGAAGCUGAUGGAAUCCUUCAACCGCAACGAGCGCUUCAUCAUCCCAACAGUCGAGAGGGAAGGCAAGAGAGUGUGGAGAGAUGCAGAACACCCUCAUUUCCCUUUCCAUGAUCUUUAUUGAGUCUACGCACCACAAGGAGUUCCGGAUUUCUUUUUAAACAUAACUGUCACACUGAAGAAAACCAAAAUAUGUUCUUUUUUCUCCUUGGGUUGAAUUGCCUUAAUAUACAAGGGAUUACAUUUGUUAGGAAAUUAUUAAUAACUCACAAAAUGUGGACAAACUGAUGUAUUGUACUGAAUGUGUGUACAAUGAUUGUUUAAUUUGACCAUGAUGAUUUCAUGCAGACUCACUCUUGCAAACAAAAAGUAAAAAUGUGUCCUACGUAAUUUUAUUCUGUUGACUGGGUCUUAUAAUCUAAAUUAGCUGCCUCACUCUUCUCUGUGCUGCAACAGAUUUUUGCUAAAGACAGUGGUUUACAUGCAUCUUUGCAGAAGCAUAAUUCAAGAUUGACACACCAGAUGAUCAGAGAUAUCACAGCUUGACCAUAAAGUUCAAGCUGGGAUAUCUGGGAUUGCAUCCAAUCAGCAAGCAAUGGACCAAAUGGAUUCAGGUGAUAGAAGCACAAAAUAUGCCAAGUCUCUGAACAGAGCAGUAAAGAGAUACAUGUGUAGGAGGCACUCACAUUGUACUCAUCAUGAGGAGAGUAUGAUUAUUUAGAGGAACAUGG